GCAUACGCAUAAGAGAAGACAAUCAGGCGGACGCGUCUUGUUAUCAACUAUAUUCGCCGCGCUCGUUUGCGUGUGAUUUUCUUCUGUCAUAUUUUAUUUUCGCGCUCUUUUAGUAUUCCUAUUUAAAAUUUUAAUUAGGUUUUAAUAAAACGCGCGUUUCAUUUUUUUUAUAUAAGGUGGUGAUUAAAAACUUUUUCGUUAUCAAACGCGAUACGAUUGUUUUGUUUUUUUAUUAGAAUUUUAAAUUGAAAAUAGUUUUUAUGUAACUUUAAUCUGUACAUGAAACGUUUAAAAAAAGAAAAGGACUGGUGAUAUUUAGAAGAGAUAGUGCGGAGAUUUCUUGUUAAGAAAUUAACUCAGUGAAAUAAUUUUAAUAAAACAUUCAAGAUGGUGAAUAAAGUGUAUAAAGUAAAUUCUUCUACGGAUAAUAAGACGGGAAGCAAACACAACCAGAUACUCAUGUCAAUAGUCGUAUGCAUGCCUAUACUGGCAUAUGGAACAGCGAUGGGCUGGAUCUCACCCAACAAAUCUCUGCUGAUGGGCGAGUACUCACCAUCUAACGCUCCCCUGUCAGAAGAAGAUGUAUCAUGGAUGGCAUCUAUAAUGUUCAUCUUCGCACCAAUCGCAGUAUUCGUGUACGGUGUGGCCGCAGACAAAUUUGGAAGGAAAAACGCAUUGUUAUGUGCCUCUGUGCCUAUUGCGAUCGGCUGGGCUGUGAAGCUUAUAUGUACGCAUCCGAUAGCUCUAAUCGGAGCACGUGCACUUAUCGGCUUCGGUUCCGGUGGUGGGUUUGUCGUAUGUCCACUUUACGUCAAAGAAAUAAGCGAAGACAGCAUCAGAGGGAUGACGGGUACCUUCGUUAUAUUUUCACAGACCGCUGGAAAUCUCAUAGUAUUUGUACUAGGUGAUCUUCUACCAUUCAACACUGUACUAUGGAUUUUAUUAGCUAUCCCUCUGGUGCACUUCUGUAUUCUCCUGAGGCUACCAGAGACGCCAUCUUUCUUGAUCAAAUGCGGCAAGAAUCAGGAAACAGCAAAAGUCCUGGCGUGGCUGCGUUCUCUACCUGAAAACGACAAGACCAUCAGCGAGGAAGUUGACCGUCUCAUCAUCGAGCAGACCACCAGUGAACCCAAAUUCUCACCCAAACUCUUGUGUGAGUAAUUUUUUUACUAUAAAAAUCAAUGUCUUUCAACUCUUACAGCCAUUUGUGCAACAUCCAUUAAAAUCAAAGUAGCUCACAGAACAAUGUAUAAAAAACUAGUUUCAGUCAAGUAUCAAGAUAUUUAAAUCUGAUAAUUUUUGUAAAAGGAGGUUUUAGAUGAGCUGACAUACUAUAUGGUGAGUAAGGAGUACAUUUGUAUGGCGUUGCUUUCGAGAUUCACGUGUUACAUACAAAACAAAAUCAGGAUAGGUCAACAAGGAGGUCUGAAUUGUCAAUUGACCUGCAUCAUUUGACAUAGAGGGAACAUCGUUCACGACAACAUGAACAAAGAAUCAAGGACACUCGAACGCGAUUCCAUUCCGAUUAAUCAUAAUUGAGGCAAUAAAUAUGUUUGCGAUAUUUAUGACGUCAUGAUGUACAGGUCGGACGGUCAAUUGAGUUAAUAUUAUGUUCAACUGUCAAAACAAAGUUCCUAGAUCAGGGGACUAACAGCCAGUUGCACAAACUUCUAUUAAAACUGACAUAAGUUUAAAGCGACAUUACCCAUACAAGUUUGACAUUUAUUAGAGCAUAAAGACGUCAUUAAACCUUAAUGAACGUUCGUGCAACUGACCGUAACUGUCUUUUUUUAAAUCUAUCGCAAUUAUUUUCAAUUUUACUUUGGAAGAUAUUAACGAGCUACAUGCUACAUCAUUUUUUGCAAUUUUUAAUUAAAGAUAUGGAAUUGAAUGCACGAUAUCGUUAAUUUAAGACGUAAUAUAUUUGAAAGCUUUUGAGAAAGUUCAAACCAGAGUUGAGUCUAACUGCAAUCUAUCGAAGGUUUAAGUUUUUUAUUUCGUUUCUUAUUAGUUUCUUAUUAAAGAGAUUGUGAUAGAUUUUAAAUAAGACAAUUAGACCACUGCUUCGGCCCCUUUCUUUGUCACACGUUUAGGUAGUAGUAUGUAGUAUACUAUUAUUGGAGGUUAAUCUAUAAAGCUCGAUGGCGCUUUCGGAAGGGCUGGUCAUAGGAUGGGAGACCCAAAAUUUAUUAUUUCUAGCUCGUCCAUGUUUGGAAGGCACGUUAAGCCAUUAGUUACGGCUGUAUCUGCAAUCGCUAAACACCUAUCAAUCCGCACUGGGCCCGCGCGGGUUAAGGCCCAUUCUAUUCCGUUCAUAGGGAAGGCCUGUGUCCAGUAGUGGGAAGAUUGAUAGGCUGAUCUAUAUUAGUAUUGAGUGAGUAAAUUUAAAUAAUAAUGGAUUUUAAGGCGUUUGAAAAAUUGUUGGAUUCCGUCUCCCUCUGAACCAGAAGGUUCCCAAACAUUUUUUUCUCGUAGACCCAUUUCAAAUAUUAACUGGUUUAAGUGGACCCCCUACUGCUACAUUUUUACCAUAUUCCCAAAAUUCGUCCAAAAUGUGAAGAUCUAACGAUGGAAAUUGGUGUCGCGGGUGAGUUCCGUAGACCCCAGUUGAAUCCUUCGUGGACCCCUAAGCAGGGGCUUAGGGAAUCGCUGCUCUAAACGAUUUGAAGUUAUUAUUUUCAUAGAAUUCUG